CCCUUGAUUGUCCAACCCGUUCUUUCCCGCCCCCGACCUCACAAAGCAUAAAAAAGGCAAACGAGUCAUCGAAUUUAUGCCCACAGCUCAUGCCUGCUACUACUCAGUGAUUGGACUCAAACACACUCACAGCUGUAUAGAAUCAGACUUUCUUGAGAAAUAAAAACCUCCCAUAUCCAACAUCCAUACAUUAAGUAUAACAGCACAUCAGUGCUUGGUGCUUACGUUGUUUACUUGGAAACAAAGUACAGUCACAAGUGUUCUUGGUUUCUAUUUUAGGUAGUUUUUUACUUGCAGGUUAAUUUACUUUGCCUUCCUUGCGUGUCGCUGACUCGGCCCUUUCAAUAAUCAAUACUACUUCGAUUUGAUUUUUGUGUGGACACAGAGAAGAGAGGGUUAUAGAGAGAUAAAUAGUGUUGAAGAGUUUCUAGAAUUGAAGAGAAUGGGGAGUGAAUCCGUGGCACAAUCAGAUUUUCUUGAAUUUGGAGAUACAGAAGCAUCUUUGAUGGAGAUUGGUUCUGGGAAUUAUGGAUGCUCACAUUAUAGGAGGAGAUGCAAGAUUAGAGCACCUUGUUGCAAUGAAAUCUUUGAUUGCAGGCAUUGUCAUAAUGAUGCUAAGAAUGGGUUGGAAACUAACCCACUUGAUCGACAUGAUAUUCCUCGCCAUGAAGUCACAAAGGUUAUUUGUUCACUCUGUGACACCGAACAAGAUGUUAAGCAAAAUUGCAUAAACUGUGGAGUUUGCUUGGGGAAAUACUACUGUUCUAAGUGCAAGUUCUUCGAUGAUGAUGUUUUGAAAAAUCAAUACCAUUGUGAUGAGUGUGGAAUAUGCAGAACUGGAGGAAAGGAAAAUUUCUUCCAUUGCAACAAAUGUGGUUGUUGUUAUUCAAUGUUAAUGAAGGAUGCACACCGUUGUGUAGAAAGGGCUAUGCACCAUAAUUGCCCUGUUUGUUUUGAGUUUCUAUUUGACACUAUGAGAGAUAUCACUGUGUUGCCUUGUGGACACACAAUACAUUUGGAAUGCUUGAAAGAGAUGGAACAACAUUACCGGUAUUCAUGCCCAGUUUGCUCCAAGUCCAUAUGUGAUAUGACAACAUUGUGGAAAAAGCUUGAUCAAGAGAUUGCUGCAACUCCGAUGCCUGAAACGUACCAGAAUAAAAUGGUGUGGAUUCUCUGCAAUGAUUGCGGAGCAAAUUCCCAUGUCCAAUUCCACGUUGUGGCACAUAAAUGCUCGAGAUGCAACUCAUACAAUACCAGACAGACACGAGGCGGCCCUGCUGCAUCAUGCUCAUCAGAAGUAGGCAUUAAGAUUAAAUGAAGUUACCAUUCUUUUGCAUGGUUAGUGUCACUAACAUGCUAACAGGGAAGGAAAGUUAUUCUUGUUUAACGUUGUUAAUCCAUCUACAUUGUAUCAGAAAAAGGAUCUUUCUAGUUACAAGUCCUCACAGGAAAUGGCAAAAUUUUGAUAUGUCAUGGAGGUUUAUCU